GGGGCCCAGGCGCACGCGGGCGGCCCCGGCCCCCGCGGGGAUCCCGGGGAUCCCGGGCCUCCGGACUCUGCCUGGGCACUAACAGGCAUCGCAGGGAGGGCGAGUGCAAACGACCUGCCCGGGGGUCACUGCCCCAGCAUCUGGGGACCCUUUCACCCGAUGUACCCCCAUGCCAUCCCGGGAGGCUGAGAUGGACGGUGAGGAGGGAAGGAACGGGACCGCCGGCAGCUCCUCGGGAACCGAGGGUGACUUUGAACUAGCCACCACAAGUAACCAACAAGACAGGAAAAAAAUGAAGAAAACUAAAAUGAUCAGCCCAUUAACAUUGUUUCGAUAUUCUGAUUGGAAAGAUAAAUUAUUUAUGGUGCUGGGCACUGUCAUGGCUAUUGCUCAUGGUUCCGGUCUCCCACUUAUGAUGAUAGUAUUUGGAGACAUGACAGAUAGCUUUGUAAAUACCGCAGGAAACUUUUCUUUUCCAGUAAAUUUUUCUUUCGCGGUGUUAAAUCCAGCCAGAAUUCUGGAGGAAGAAAUGACCAGAUAUGCCUAUUAUUAUUCAGGAUUAGGAGGAGGUGUUCUUAUAGCUGCUUACAUUCAGGUUUCCUUCUGGACCUUAGCUGCUGGCCGGCAAAUUAAAAAAAUUAGGCAAAAGUUUUUUCAUGCUGUCCUGCAACAGGAAAUGGGAUGGUUUGAUGUCAAUGACACCACAGAACUCAACACACGGCUCACUGAUGACAUCUCCAAAAUCAGUGAAGGAAUUGGUGACAAGGUUGGAAUGUUCUUUCAAGCAGUGGCAACAUUUUUUGCAGGAUUCAUAGUGGGGUUCAUAAGAGGAUGGAAGCUAACCCUUGUGAUAAUGGCCAUCAGCCCUAUCCUGGGACUUUCUGCCGCUGUCUGGGCCAAGAUACUGUCUGCAUUUAGUGACAAGGAACUAGCAGCCUAUGCUAAGGCUGGUGCAGUGGCAGAAGAGGCUCUGUCUGCCAUUAAGACAGUGAUAGCCUUCGGGGGACAAAACAAAGAACUUGAAAGGUAUCAGAGACAUUUAGAAAAUGCAAAAAAGAUUGGAAUAAAGAAAGCUAUUUCAGCAAACAUUUCUAUGGGCAUUGCCUUCCUAUUGAUAUAUGCAUCCUAUGCACUGGCUUUCUGGUAUGGAUCAACUCUAGUCAUAUCCAAGGAAUAUACUAUUGGAAAUGCACUUACAGUCUUUUUUUCAAUAUUGAUAGGAGCUUUCAGUGUUGGACAGGCUGCACCGUGCAUUGAUUCAUUUGCUAAUGCGAGAGGAGCAGCUUAUGCAAUCUUUGAUAUUAUUGAUAACAAUCCUAAAAUUGACAGUUUUUCUGAAACUGGCCAUAAACCGGACCACAUCAAGGGGAAUCUGGAGUUCAAAAAUGUCCAUUUCUCUUAUCCUUCCCGAGCCGAUGUCAAGAUUCUAAAGGGAAUCAAUCUCAAGGUUAACAGUGGACAGACAGUAGCCCUGGUGGGUAACAGUGGCUGUGGGAAAAGUACAACUGUUCAGUUGAUACAGAGACUGUAUGACCCCCUGGAGGGAGAGAUCAACAUUGAUGGCCAAGAUAUUCGAACUCUAAAUGUCAGAUAUCUGAGGGAAAUGAUUGGCGUCGUGAGUCAGGAACCAGUGCUGUUUGCUACUACAAUUGCUGAAAACAUUCGCUAUGGCAGAGAAGAUGCCACCAUGGAUGAAAUCAAGAAAGCUGUCAAAGAUGCCAAUGCCUAUGAGUUCAUCAUGAAACUACCAGAGAAAUUUGACACUCUGGUUGGAGAAAGAGGGGCCCAGCUGAGUGGGGGUCAGAAGCAGAGAAUAGCAAUUGCUCGUGCUCUCGUUCGGAAUCCCAAGAUCCUUCUGCUUGAUGAGGCCACCUCGGCCUUGGACACUGAGAGCGAAUCUGAGGUACAAGCAGCUCUGGAUAAGGCAAGAGAAGGGCGAACUACAAUUGUGAUCGCUCAUCGUUUGUCUACCAUCCGAAAUGCAGAUGUCAUAGCUGGUUUUGAGGAUGGAGUCAUUACAGAACAAGGGAGCCACAGUGAGCUAAUGAAAAGGGAAGGGGUUUACUUCAAACUUGUUAACAUGCAGACAUCAGGAAACCAGAUUCAGUCUGAAGAAUUUGAAGUCGAAUUAAAAGAAGAAAAUGCCAGUGGGAUGGCACCAAAUGGCCUGAAAUCUCACCUUUUUAGGAAUUCCACACACAAAAGUUUUAGAAAUUCACGAAAGCAUCAGAAUAGCUAUGACGUCACUCCGGAAGAGCUUGACCCAGAUGUGCCACCAGUAUCUUUUUUCAAAGUCCUGAAGCUGAACAAAACAGAGUGGCCUUACUUCGUGGUGGGAACCCUCUGUGCCAUUGUCAAUGGGGCGUUGCAGCCAGCGUUUUCAAUAAUAUUCUCAGAGAUGUUAGCAAUUUUUGGACCAGGGGAUGAUGAAGUGAAGCAACACAAGUGCAACAUGUUCUCGUUGCUGUUUUUAGGGCUUGGAAUUAUUUCUUUCUUUACUUUUUUCCUUCAGGGCUUCACAUUUGGGAAAGCUGGGGAGAUCCUCACAACAAGACUUCGGUUUAUGGCUUUUAAGGCAAUGCUAAGACAGGAUAUGAGUUGGUUUGAUGAUCCUAAGAACAGCACUGGUGCACUUUCGACAAGACUUGCCACUGAUGCUUCCCAAGUCCAAGGAGCCACAGGUAGCAGGCUGGCUUUGAUUGCUCAGAAUACAGCAAACCUAGGGACUGGCAUAAUCAUAUCAUUUGUAUACGGUUGGCAAUUAACGCUUUUGCUGUUAUCAGUUGUUCCAAUCAUUGCUGUAUCAGGAAUCAUUGAAAUGAAAAUGUUGGCCGGAAAUGCUAAAAGAGACAAGAAGGAACUAGAAACUGCCGGAAAGAUUGCAUCGGAAGCAAUAGACAACAUUAGGACAGUUGUGUCCUUGACCCAAGAAAGGAAAUUUGAAUCGAUGUAUGGAGAAAAUUUGAAUGGUCCCUACAGAAAUUCUGUGCAGAAGGCCCACAUCUAUGGAAUCACUUUUAGCAUUUCCCAGGCAUUUAUGUAUUUUUCCUAUGCUGGUUGUUUUCGAUUUGGUGCUUAUCUAAUAGUGAAUGGACACAUGCGUUUUCGAGAUGUUAUUCUGGUGUUUUCUGCCAUUGUGUUUGGGGCCAUGGCCUUAGGACACGCUAGUUCAUUUGCUCCAGACUAUGCUAAAGCCAAGUUGUCAGCAGCCCACUUAUUUAUGUUGUUCGAAAGAGAGCCUCUCAUAGACAGCUACAGUGAAGCAGGACUGAAGCCUGAUAACUUUGAAGGGAAUGUGUCAUUUAAUGAAGUUGUGUUCAACUAUCCUACCCGACCAAACGUCCCUGUGCUUCAAGGCCUGACCCUGGAGGUGAAGAAGGGUCAGACCUUGGCCCUCGUGGGCAGCAGUGGUUGUGGGAAGAGUACAGUAGUACAACUGCUUGAGAGAUUCUAUGAUCCCCUAGCUGGAAAGGUGCUUUUAGAUGGUCAAGAAACCAAGAAGCUUAACGUCCAGUGGCUGCGGGCUCAGCUUGGCAUCGUGUCCCAGGAGCCCAUUUUGUUCGACUGCAGCAUUGCAGAGAACAUCGCCUAUGGAAACAACAGCCGGGUGGUAUCCCAGGAAGAGAUUGUGAAUGCAGCCAAAGCCGCCAAUAUCCAUCCUUUCAUUGAAACACUACCUGACGUAUAUACCAUCUAUGGAAAAAAGAAGGAAGCCUGCUGUAAACUUUGAGACAGAAGUAGAAGAGAAGAAGAGGGGGUCCAACCAGAUUGAGUGAGGAAGGGACGGAGGGAAAUUUGGCAUCUGAUGGUUUCCAUAUCUUCAGUAAAGCUGAGAGUGAGAAAAAAGAAGGUGAAGUUGAGUCUUGAGAUGAAGAGAAGAGGUUUGGAAUAGCCAUUGUGGGUAAUGUGAUAGAGAAUCUCUAAAUGACAGUUUCAAGGAUUGCUGUAUAGCAGUGAGAGCUCAUUUGCUAUUAGUGAGCACAAAUUUAUAGUGGACUCACUAAGCAAGUUUCCUUAUUUUCUUCAAAGUGGGUCAACAGUUUAAGAGUUAUAAUAGAGGUGGUAGACAGAAGGAUUUAACCAGUGUUGAAGAUCAGCAAGUCAGAAUAGGUAGACAGUGAAGGGGCAAAAGAUUCAAGAAUAAAGAAGCAGGUAUUAUUUAAGGAGCCAAGCACUGGGUCAAGACCCAGAGAAUAACAGUGAAGAUUAAAUAGUAUUAUUAGCUAGGAGAAUAGAGAGAAAUCAAUCUUUACAGUGAGGGCAAGGAACAAGGAAAGGCAGAGUAAGUGAGAGAGGAGUGAAAGAGGAAUCUCAGAACUCAUAUCUCUUGUGCCUUCAUCUGACUUGUUCCCAUGUCUUGAAGUAGACUACCCCCAAGUUCCUGUUGAGUUUUCUGCUUCUUUCAAAGCCCAACUCAGGUGCUAAAUCUAUUACUAUGACAUUUAAUAGGGAUACAUUUAAAUUCUUAUGCCUGGGUUCAAAAACCAAACUUUACAGAGUAUAAACUAAUGGAAGCAUGGCUAGACUAAACUUGGUCCGAGGAGGAGCUGGGGGUUUUAGUGAACUGAAAGCUCAAUAUGAGUCAGCAAUGGAAAGGGGCAGUAAGGGAUAGUGACCAGGACAAUGUAGGGAGAUGACUUCUGUUAUACUCUGCCCUGGUCAGACUACAUCAAGAGUAGUAUGUUCCACUCUGAAUACUAUAGUUUAGGAAGGAUAUUGAUAAGCUCUUGAUAAGCAUCCAGAAAAGGGCAACCAGGAUGAGGAAAGGCCUUUGGUCCAUGUCAUAUGAAAACAAUUUAAAGAAACUGGCAGUUUUUAAUCCUGGAAAAGACAAAAUGCAGGGAAAACCAUGAGACCUGCCUUCAAGUAUCUGAAGGGUUGUAAUGUGGAAGAAAUACUAGUCCCAAGCCUGGCCCCAGAGAGUGGAACAGAUGUUGUAGGAAGGCAUAUUCAGGUUUGAUGUAAGGAAGAACUUCCUGUUUGAAUUAUCCCAAAGUAGAAUGGGCUGCCUUGGGAGGAGGUAGGCUCCUUCUCACUACAGGUUUUCAAGCAAAGGCAGAAUGAUCCUCAUCAGGUGUGGGCUGGGCUAGAUAGCUUCUGAAGCUCCUUUUAGUCCUUAUAUUUUAUAAUUCCAUGUGCUUCCUUUUCCAUGAUGGUUUUCUAUCCCAUUUCCCCAAGUGAAAGUGAUUUCUCCCUCCUCAAAUUUUCCAAAGCACUUGUACAUUUCUUUCCUCCCUGCUAGACUGUGAGCUCCUUGAGAGCAGGUUAUAUACCAUAACUAAUUUUGUAUACCCACAGCACCAUACGGUGCUUAUUGGGCAAGUACUUAAUAAAUAUUCUGAGUAAAUAAUACUUAAUAAAUACACAGCAUCAAAUUUAUCAUUACUAUGACAUUGCCAAGAAUUAGAAAAGAAGAACUCUUACCCAAAAUCUUGCUGGAGACCAAAAUCAAGAGUUAGACAUUAAUCUUUUCAUCUAAACUAAGCAUUGUAGUUUAAUUUUGAAAAUGAAUUCCUGAAUUGGCAGAAAAAAAAUCCACAAAAAUCAAAAUCACCCCUUUCCCAAAAGGACAUUCAUCUAAAUAUCUGUAGUGCUUUUUUCUUUGAAGAAU